UAUUGCUUUAAACGGUGCAAAAUGUCGCUACGCUUGGGACUAAUUCUUGUGGUGCUGCUAUCCCUGGCAGCCCUCAGCCGAUCCGCUUCCCUCAACACCCGCAUUGUGGGUGGCGACCAGGCGGACAUUUCCGAUUUCCCCUACCAGGUGUCGGUGCGCCUGGAGACGUACAUGCUGCUCCACAUCUGCGGUGGCAGCGUGUACGCCCCCAAUGUGGUGCUCACGGCCGCUCACUGCAUCAAGGGACGCUUCGCCUCGUACAUUCGCAUCGUGUCCGGUCAGAACUCGAUUGCCGAUCUGGAGGAGCAGGGCGUGAAGGUCAGCAAGCUGAUCUACCACACUGGCUACAACAAGAAGACUUUUGUCAAUGACAUUGGCCUGAUCAUCACACGAGAGCCGCUGGUAUACUCGAGCCUGGUGCAGCCCAUACCCCUGGCCGUGGAAGCACCACCCGCGGGUGCCAAUGCCAUAGUCAGCGGCUGGGGCAAGCGCACGUAGGAGGAUGAAGCAUUGCCUGCUUUGUUGCGUUCCGUGGAGCUGGAAAUUGUCGAUCGUAGUGCUUGUGGCGACCAGUAUAUGACCAAGGAUUACACCAUCACCGAUGAUAUGCUGUGCGCCGGCUACUUGGAGGGCGGAAAGGACUCCUGCAAUGGUGACUCCGGUGGCCCAUUGGCUGUGGACGGUGUGCUGGUGGGCAUCGUGUCCUGGGGUGUGGGCUGUGGCCGGGAAGGCUUCCCCGGCGUGUACACCAGUGUCACCUCACACACUGCAUGGAUCGAGGAGCAGGCUGCGCCCUACCUCUGAAUUCAAACAACUUGAACGGACUUAAACAGCUGCAAGCGAACAAAAUAACCGAACAAAUUAUUUAAACAUUAUUAAAUAUUAUUUUAUGUACCUACAAUAAACCACAAAUGAGCAUUUAA